AUGUCGGGCCCUGAUCCCGGCGGCCGAGACACUACGGUUGAGGACUUCCUGGCCGAGGAGCCAGGCGAACAUGACGGAUACGGCGAUCAUGAAGAUGCUGAAGGUGAUGAGGCGGACGAUGCUCUUGAUGAUCCUUACAUCGAUCCCGACGAAGAGCUACUACCAGAACCCCAUAGGGGAGGCUCUUGGUCACGAGGGCGGCAUGGUUUGAGGAACGGUUCCGAUGGUUCCUCGAGCCAGCAAUCAGCCGGUCGGAGAUUGGCUGGCAUACGGCUUCCUGCCACCAAGGAGGACGGAAAAGCUCGCGCCCAGCGGAAACCGCGGGGGAACCUCCCUCCGGCUCCAACCUUCGACGGUGACAGGCGGAAGGACGCGAAGUGCUUCCGCAAGUACGCCUCGAAAGUCGACAGCUACGUGGAGAUCGCAAAGAAUAUCAUCGACGACUCGGAGAUAGGUUUGCGGCUGCACGCGGCUUUGGAGGGCGAGGCAUCCGACUUCCUCGAGGAUAUACCGGCCAAGACCUUUGGCGUCGAGGCGGGCUGGCAGGUGCUUCUUAAGCUGCUCCAGGACAAGUUCGAUGAGAAAAGGAUGCACAAGGUAGGAUCCGCGAUGAAAGGCUUCUUCAAGCUGAACCUCGGCGAUCGUCAGUACACGAUGAUGGAGACCGCCGAGGCAAUGGAUAAGGCAGCUCGCCGUUGCCGGGAAGCGAACCUGACGAUCCCGGACGAGAUCAUGAUCUACUUCUUCUUCGAGCAUGCUCAGCUUUCCACGGAGCGGCAGGCCAACUUGUUGCUUCGGACCUCAGGUGAGUAUGACUGGAAGAAGAUGAAACAGGCGGUGGAGCUCCUCUACCAGAACACGCCGGUGAGGAGCGGGCCGUCUGGCGGCCAACCUGGCUACCGGGGCAGAGCAAGGGCCACACACGAGGCACACGUUGAUGUGCAGGACCUUUGGAACAAACAGCCAGACUGGAGUGCGACUGAGGAGCAGUGGGGCAAUUGGUUGCAGGACUACGACCCCGUGGAGAACCUCUCCGAGCUCGACUUCGACGAGAUCCCGGAGGACAUUGCGCGGGAGCUCCACACCUGCUUCCAGACCCACAGGGAGAAUCGCCAACGCUUGGCGAAAGCAGUGCAGGCCCGUGGCUUCUACGUCGGCAGUACUCCGAAGGGCAAAGGUCGCGGGAAGAGCGACUCCAAGGGCAAGGGCAAGACAAAAGGGAAGAAAGGCGGCGGACGCGCGAGAGGAAUGUCCCUGGACGAGUUGAAGGCCAAGACCACCUGCGCAGCAUGUGGCCAGCUGGGACAUUGGAAGGGCGACCCUCAGUGCCGGGCGAAGUCCGCGAACGAGGCGACACGCACCGGAAACGAGGACGCCGAAGACGAGGAUGGCGACUGGUAUGGCGAGUACUCCACCGACCAGUGGGCCUCUUGGGAGGCCGACCGCUACGGCUUUCGCGACGACCGCACGGCUUACACGAACGCCAGGACUUCGACGGCUCCCACGGCUUCCCCGGCGGCAAGAUCGACUGCGGACAGGCGGGGCGAGAACGAGCUCGAACACGAAUCCCGCGCGGUGGCCCGAGGCAUUAACCGCGUGAGGUCUAAGGUCGGCUCGGACGUGCACGCCCUGGAGGCCUCGCAAGUGAAGGAGGAGAUCAAGAGCGACAACUUCAUCCGGGUCGAGGCCAUCAAGACGCAGAUCAAGGAGGCCCGAGCACCGACAAUGUCGCCGAGCCCGGCCCCGGAGGCCGUGAAGCGGGCUUUUGACCAGCUCGGCCUGACAAUGGCGACGCCAUCGGGAAGCUCAGUGCUGGAGUUGCUAGAGAAGCGCAGCCCCGCCGUCGAUGUGGACGCUCUCCGCAAGGCCCUGGUUGUCUUGCGGCCCCUUCGCCACGUGCCCUGGGAGGAGGUUGUGCCCUUUCCGCGAGCGGUGUUGUCCAAUAUGAGGCGGCCCCCGACCGUCGAAAGCGGCCGCUACUACUUGACGCUGGACACGGCGUGCGAGAAUACCGUGGCCGGCGCGACAAUCUUGCAGGCGAUCACCGUUGCCCUGGAGGAGAAGCACAACCUGAAGCCCGUGAUCGAGGCCGAGAGUGAGACCUACUGCUUUGGGCCGGGCGAGCCGAUCACCUCUGUGGAGCGUUGGUUCGUGCCGGUCGGCAUCCAAGGGACUCACUCUGUGAUCUGUACCUCGUCCAUCCAGGAUAAGGAAGGUGCAAAGAUACCGUUCUUGGCGGGACAAGACUGGAUGGUCUUCGUGGACGCGUGCAUCGACGUGGGACGCAGUGAAGUACACCUGCGGGAGCUCAACGUCACGGCGCCCCUGUUCGUCGACUUCACGGGCCACCUUGUUGUCACCACUGACGAGAUCACCGACUGGCGCCAGGGUGUCUACUCCUUUAAGACAGGAUACCCUGGACGGCUCUUCGAACGUGCACCACGGCAAGUCCAGGAGUCUACUGCGCAGGCCCAGGACCAGGCCGGAGUGAAGAGCAAUGCCAUUGACAGCGGUGAAUUCAACCCACACUUUGCACCUACACACAUGUAUGAGCCCAAACACUCCGCAGAGCAAGCCCAACCAUGUUGUGUACCAGCUGACAUGUGGGAGUACAUGCUUGAGAGUCAAGUGUAUGUUCGGCACCAUCGCAGGCCCCGCAGUGAUCUCUUCGUACCUGAGGUUUUUUCCGAUGGACCCGACCCCCGGGACCUUCAAGAUGUUCGUGUCACUCUCCUUUCCAACGAGACAGAGCCUAUCAUCGACUCGUGGAAGAGUGCAGCAAACAAGGUCCGGGAGCCGUGGGUUGGGGUCACGUACUUUUUCGGGAAGCAGGCCAGCAACCUCAGUAAGAUCGAUCUUCUCAGGCCCGCGGUGAAGGUUAAGGUUAUUUUGGGUGGUGGAGAUGUGUUACAUGCUGAGCCAGAUGAGUUGAGAACUUUACCGCAGAAGAAGGUGCAUCACUUUGACUUGCAUGCUGCACAGAAGCUCGACUAUCAACAUGCACACCACCUUGACAUUCCACCUUUAAUUCGGAGAGGACUACUUCCCGCGCCGCAUCACAUGCGCCGCACAAAGGCGCCCUCGAAUCGGAAGAGCAGAUGCCCGGACUGGGGACGCCUGGUGGGGUCUCUACUGGAGCUCGUCCAUCUGGCGAUCGACCUGGAGCGCCACACAGAGGUGAUGCGGCUGGCCAAGCACCGGUCUCCCUCGGUGAUGGCAUGCAUCGUGGCGGAGAUGACGGCAGAGCGCGAGCCGGCCACACUUCCGGGCACGGCGCCCCCGAUGACGACGACAGCACCGGGACAGACGAAGAAGAUGAUCUCGGGCGGCUACAUGGCGAAGCCGGAGGCGUGCAAUCAUCAUCCGGAUGUGGCCCGCCGCACGGGGAACGCCCACGGCCAGUUCAUGGAGUGCCUGUCGUGCGGCCAGAUGUGGAAGGCAGUGAAGUACCUCGUGCCGCACACCGGGGAGACGAUUCCCAUCUACACGAUCCAGCACGGACAUCGUGCGGUACCAGGAGGCAGGAUCGUGCAGAAGCCGGUCGAGGCCGGCCCCACGGCGGGAAGCUUUCCAAGGUUGCAGGACUGCUAUGCGUUGCGCUCGCCGCACUCAUGGGUAACAACUUCGAAACCUACGUCCAGCCGUUCCUCGAAGGCAACUCGGAGGAGUCCCUCUACGAAACGCAAGGAGGAGGACAGCUCCGCCGCACCGUCAAGUGGCAAGACGGAUGGACCGAUGGAGGACGAGCCGGAGGAGGACGUGGCGUUGAGUCGGCUCCCCAAGGCGCAACGCGAGCGGCUUAUGCAGCUGGCGGCGCAACGGCUGGAGGAUCGUCGUCGACAACAUGCACAGGAGGAGCGGGCGCUCGAGGAGACGGAAAAGCGCCGAUACCAGCGGCCGGAGGUGGCAGCGGCAAAGGGCAGCAAGACGGUCUUCGAGGAGGACCAGGACAGCCUGAGCGACUUCUCGGAGGUGCAGGCGGCGGACAGGCUGCACCGCGACGCGGUUGUCGACCGCUUGGGACGGAGCCGCUGGCCGCGCAGAGCUUUUCGCUUCGAUGUCGUCGAGAUGCUCGGCGGCAGCUCCAUGGCCUCUGUAAGAGCCGCUUUUCAUUGGGGGCUCCGAGUGCUGCAGCCCAUCGACCUCCGGUGUGGCAUGGACUAUCGGCGCCCAGCCGAUCGAGAAUGGCUACUACAAACCCUGGAGCGGUGCAAUGCGCGGCUCGUUGUGGUGGGGUUCCCUUGCACUUCUAUCACCUCGAUUACCACACCACAGGGAACGCUCGGUGGUGCUCACCGGGGUGAUUCAUCCGAGACCGUGUUCGUAGAUCUGGCGAGGCAGAUAUUCCAAGCCCAGCGUCGUCGAGGAGGCCACGCCAUCGUUGAGAACCCGGCUCAACUCGAGAAGUUCCACCAGGACGAGCUCAAGGAGGUUCGCCGCGACAACUACGAGACAACGACCGACCUCUACUUGCGCGAGAUGAUCAGCCAGCCGGGUUUGCCAGAGAUCAAGAAGGUGCGCUUCAUCGCCACGCAUCCGCUGAUGGUGGACGGUUUGGCGAGGAAGUGCUGCGAGACUACCGAAGGAGGCGGAGACCGCGACUACCACGUGGUCUAUCCACCUGCCCUUGGUGAUGCGAUUUGCCGGUCGUACUUGGACGUGGUGGCUGCCGAGGACUACGGCGCGAGCGCUUCUUGGACGCCUUCUACUACCAGGGCGGUUCACUACGUCGACGUGAUCCGGCGGGAGGAUGAAUGGAGGCCGCUGCUGCAACAAGCACAAGAACUACUUGGCCGCAAGACGGCCAAUUCGCUUCAGGUGCACCCAGAAUCGGACCUCUACGGCAAGGUGGCUAAGCUCGUUCCGUGGCAGCUGGCUUCCGUACAGGUGGCUCAUCUACCUAAGGCGAAACAAGUGAAGCCGGGCCUCGAGGACUGCCACCGCGCCUCGAUCCUCCUGGUUAACGACGACAGCAUCACCAUCGAGACAGAGUUUUUGAGAGAUGCGCAGGCACCACGGGAACGAUUCGUCACACCGGUUCGUGUGGCAAUCUUCGUUCUUGGCUAUGCACCUGGAGAACCUGACGCUCCAGCGCCCGCGAGACCACCAGCCGUGCAGCCGGCGCCCGAGGACGAGGUGGUGCACGAUGAGGUGUUCGAAUCCCUGGCUCGAGAAGGACUCGUGCGAAACGAUGCUGGAGGUGGCGAGUGCUGGUUUGUAGGUGGGUCCCUUAAGUCCAGUGAGAAGCCUCUAGCCAAAGCAUUGGUCAGGAUGCACCGCAACCUUGGCCACCCUCGCCAGGAGGACUUUACGCGGGCACUCUCUCAAAACCCUAAGGUGACUCCGGAGGCUGUGGCGCUUAGCAGACGACUUCGUUGUGCCACCUGCGAACGGACUCGGAAACCGUUGCCUCCGAGACCAACCUCUUUGAAAGCUACGGGCCCCUUCAACUCCCGAGUGAGCCUUGACUUUGUGUACAUGCACGACGCGAACAAGGAGGGCUUCCUCUUCUUGCACAUCCUGGAACCGAACGGCUCCUACAACGUGUUCUACCCGGUCGAGUCCCGAGACCCGUCACACGUAUUUGACACUUUCACUACUGUGUGGGCGUCUUGGGCGGGCUACCCCGACUUGCUUGUGGUCGACCAGGAUGGUGCCUUCGAGGGAGUCUUCUUCGACAAGCUAAGUGCACUGGGCUCAGUUGUGGAGCCCAUCGCAGGCCAAAGCCACUGGCAGGCAGGGGCCGUCGAGGCUUAUAACAGGGCCUUCCGUUUCGCAGCAGCCAGAGCCAUAGACGAGCACGGCCUGAACGGAUGGAGCGACAUGAAGAUGAUGGCGGCCAUGGUUGGGUCGUCUCUCAACGAUAAGAUCAGGACGUGCGGCUGCUCACCAAACGAAUGGCUGUUCGGUAAGAAUCCCAAGGUGCCCUGGGAUCUCCUGAGCCCCGACGGCAAGGUCGAGACGCUACAAGGCCUCGAGCAAGAUCAGGAGUUGAGGAGGAGACAGCAGGUCAGGGCCACCGCGGACGUCAAGAUCGCCGAGUUCACCGUGAACGAUGCUUUGCGACAGGCUGUCUUGAGGUUAGAUCGGCCUUCGCGGAACACCUACGAACCAGGUGAGCUUGUGGCUUUCUGGCGAGAUGCUAAGAUGAAGCGGGACUCCAAGACCCGCAAGUUCAAGCGCGUGCCCGCGAUGUGGUGCAUACUAGUGUCAAAGGAACAGCUGAGGCCUGCCUACGGCACCGAGUUGUGGAGGAUCCAAAGCGACGAGAUGCAGAGGAUUCUCGAAACACCGCCGGAGGAGUAUGUGGACGAGCGUAACGGACCACCUCCGGAAGCCGCGCAGGAGCCCGGAGAGGUGAUCCCCUUCUUUGAGCCGGAUGGCGCGGUCAUUGGCGCGGCGGGCAUCGGCAACAUCGGCGAGGCCACCGCGGAAGAGACCGCACACCACGGGAGUGAAGCAGUACAAGCCGGCGGAGACGAGUCACCACGCGAGAGGACGAGGCUGCCGCAUCCCGAGGAGCCGGAACCAAAACGGCUCCGGAUCGACGAAGAGGAAGAGGACCUCGAGACCUUCGACGCGGCGGUGCACCUCUGCUCGACCUACGUGCCCGUGACCCUGCAGGAGUUUCACGCGAAGCCGGACGAGUACUUCCAGGACGAAGUUCUAGCCGCGGCAGUGGCUGGUUCGAGGGCUACUUGCUCUACAAGGAAAGAGCAAAAGGCGUUAGAGAAGGAGAUUCCCUUCUCGAUGAUCCCCGAGGAGCAGCGGCUGGACUACCACGACGCCCUCGUGAAGGAGUGGGGCGUUUGGACUAAGUACGAAGCCGUUGCGCCCCUCGACCUCGAGACUAGCGCCGCUGUUUUGGAGAAGUUCGACAAGUCUCGCAUCCUCGACACCUGGGUGUGCUACCGGAAUAAGAACGCAGCCUUUCCCUGGUUGCCGCUGAAGGCGAAGGCGAGGCUAGUUUGUCGAGGAGAUCGAGACCCAGAUCUUUUGACACUGAGGCGCGACGCGCCAACCUUGACGCGCAUGGGCCUCAUGGUCGUACUUCAAAUAGCGGCUUCGAUGAGGACGUGGUUCAUCUUCAACUCAGACAUCACCGGAGCUUUUCUUCAGGGUGACCAAAGUAUGGCGAGCCGCAGCGAGCCACUCUUUCUGAGACAGCCUCGUGAGGGCCUGCCGGGCCUAGUAGCCGGUCAACUGUUGCUGGUGGUGCGCGGCAUCUUCGGCUUGGCGAACUCGCCACGGCUUUUCUGGCGACACCUACGGGACACACUGAAGAAGCUCGGCUUUGUGCAGUCGGUGCUGGAUAGAGCUUUGUUCAUGUACUACUUAAUGGGCAAGCUGGUGCUGGUGCUAGGGGCGCACGUCGACGACCUGAUCGGCACUGGUGACCCCGAGAAGGCGGACCCGAUCUUGCAGAAGGUUCGCGAAGCCUUUGACUUCGGCGCUUGGGCCGACUCGAGGGAAGACGAGGUGCUGGAGUACGGUGGGAAACAAGUGACCAAGGACUCCAACGGCGUCGUCACCCUCUCGCAGGAGAAGUUCACCAAGGCGAUCACCAUCGAGCCCGUGCCGAAGUGGAGAGCUAUGACCCCAGCAUCGCCGCUAGGAGCUCGCGAAGUCACUGAGCUCAAGAGCGGCGGAGGAUGCUUGCACUGGCUGAUCGGGCAAACCAGACCGGACCUUGCAGCGGCUACUUCUUUGAAUAUGUCUGGGCAGCCCAUGGUCAGCAACCUCGUCGAGAUCAACAAGCUGCUGCGUGAGGCCCAGAAAACCCAGGACUGGAGCCUUAAAUUUGUCCCUGUGCCGCUGCAGAACGCGAAGAUCAUCGCCUACAGCGACGCCUCGUGGGCCAACGCGGAGGGUUUGAAGUCGCAGGCCGGCUUCCUCACCUUCAUAGCCGGGCCCGAUGUGCUGACCGUGCACGGCGACCAGGCCUCCUUGAUGGACUGGCGGUCGCACCGAAUUCAGCGACAAUGCCGCUCCACGCUCGCCGCCGAGACUAUGGCGAUGGACACGGCGUUCGACAGUGGCAUCUUCCUGAGGGAGCUCCUGUCUGAGGUGCUCGUGAUGAGCUACAUGCCGAUUCAGAGUGGCAUUUUGCCACCCGAUUUCCUUCCGGUUCACCCAGUGACGGACUGCAGGUCAUUGUACGAUCUGUUGACUAAGGACGGACCUGUCAGUAGCACUCAGGAAAAACGCCUGACGAUAGACGUCGGCGCCAUCAAGCAGAGCGCUGAGGAGUUCGACCCCGAAGGGGAAGCUUUGAAGCAGGUCUUCAAAUGGGCAGAUACAGAUCACCAGUUAGCCGAUCAUCUUACUAAGGCCAAACCUCCCCACAUACUGCGUGACAUCCUGUCGCAAAACUGGUUGCACAUCCGCAAGAAGGUCCGUGCUGCCCAGCUUCCUGGAGGGCGCGAGGAGGUGAAAGAGGUGCUGACCCAGGUGCUGGGUGGCUGGGAGAAGGAGGAUCCGAUGACGUCCUUGAUGCUGGAGAACCGCGAAAAGUAUUUGGCGGCACUGCAGGACCUGACACAGCGGCCGUUUACCGUGUCGUGUCCAGAGAGGCCGAAAGAGUCCAAGUGGCAGUGCCAUUUAGAUCAGAAUGUGCUCAUGUGCUCCCUCUUCGACCUGCUCUUUGAAGUACUGGGCGCAGAGCUGCUCCUGCGGGAAGAUGUCGGGGAGGACUCCGAGGGGCCGGAAGUGCCGCUGAUGCGGCGGAUGUCUCUGCCCUUGGCCAUGGAGCAUGCCAAGAAGAUGGUGAAUGGAGAGUGCCAAAUCUCUGACACCGGAACGUAUGCCCUGCUGUAUUCCGUCUUCACCCGCAGCGUGGCCGUGAAGCUGGGCAGAUCUAAGGAGGUCAACUACCAGCAUCAGCAUACCUUUGGAGAGCUGCUGUUUCAGCUUACACCUGGCGCGAGAAAUCAUGGCAUUCUCAACUCAGUGCUGCACAUCCUCGCGCUGAACCCCGAGACGGCCUCGCAGAUGCCCCAGCUCACAAAGCCAAAGAAGGUGCGGCUUGUGAAGCAGUGGAAGGCCAAGCUGAGCCAGAUCCAGAAGAGCCUACUCGAUGCUGCGUAUGGGCUGCAACUGCGGUGGCCUCCCCAUCCAAAGGACUUCUGGGAAUUGCCUACGCCCGUCCACUGCGAAACAGCCAACAUCUACCUAGAACUGCCGCCCAGCUCUUUGGGAGGUCUGAACCCCCAGCGCCUUUUCAACCUCAAGGGCGCCAAAGCGGCACUCGGCCGCAGGCCUGUAAACGUGGGAUUGGGCUGCUCGUGGCGGCCCCUGAGUACAUCCAAGCUGCACAGCGUCAGUGAACAGGACCUGGAGGCUUUUGCCUCUAGGCCGCUUCGAGCCCUCGUGGACAAGCAUCUUCGCUUUGACGGGCCCGCGGAGGAGGCGGCUGCGGACAUGCCUUUCAAUUUGGAUGCCCACCCGGCCAUGCAACAGACGGUGGCUCGAGCGAUGAUGGGCCGCUUGUCGAAGGAGAUGAGGAACUAUGCCAAGAUGCAUAAUCAAAGGAAGAUGCCAAAGCUGACUGAGAUGGACAUCGAUGGCAUUGUGGCAGGGGGCAAGGAGCCUUUGGAGAAGGCGAAAGCGCAGCUGCACGACCUCUUCGCAGGCCUUUGUGACAUCAAGCAGCAAGACGAAAUGUUCGUCAGCACGACCAUCGAGCGCGUUUUGGGGGCGGUGGACGCAUGCAGCAACUCCGGCGAAGCCAAGGACUAUCCCACGGAAAGGCUGCAUUUCUGGCUGCUGCGAUAUGCUGGGCAUGAAACAGAAAUGUGGUUCCAGCUCCUGUGUCGGACCUUGCUCAGCCCCGACUGCAUGACAGAUUUCAAGCGCUUCAACCCAUUUCUGACCGAGGCUGACGUUCACGAGCUGUUAGCAGCGCUGUCGCAGAUGAUGUUUGCGACGUCACGGCGCCAACAAGUGUGUCGGGCCAUGGACCACUGCCGCAAUUUGAUGGAUCUGCUGGACCGCGAUAAUGUGUCAAGCUCGGCUGUGGCACUCAAGGCUGGCUUGACAGAGAAGAGCUCCCUGCUUUGCAGCUCCAUCGCGGCAGAGCGCAUCUACAUCUCGGAGAAGAAUGGCCAGAAAGGAUUCGACCCACGCUUUCUGGUCUUCGAGUUCAUUUCCGGCUUUCUCCUACGGCCGCGCCAGGUUGAGAUGGUGGGUGAGUUCCUUGACAUCCUCCAUUCGGGCAGCAGCGCUGUGAAGCAGAUGAUCAUGGGAGUCGACCUGAGUUUGCCCGCAGAUCCGGCGCAAGAGCUGUCACAUAGGAUCGACUACGUGUGCUGUAGGCCUAUCGGAGUCGUGAGGGUGCUACCACCUCUGUUGCUGGCCACACCCAUUCAUGCUGUGGUUCCUCACGCCCUCCUGGAGUUCUCGCGGUCGGUGCUGCAGGGCACCUUUGCCUCGGUUGUCCAGAAGCAGGUCUCCACAUUCAAAUGUGAUCGUGCCGUGGACAUCGACUUCAACUUCUCGUUGACAGUGGAUGCUGUGCGACAGCAGGGCGACUUGAUCGUGACUACUCCCGGAGACGUGAAGUCCCUCCUCCUGCGCUUCCUGGAGCAGCUCGAGGUCUCCAGCGACAGGCUCGGGCUGUCGAAGAGCAUCAAGCACCGCAGCCCUGACGACUUUGACGAGAGACGGCAAAACAUUCGCGCAACCUGCUGGCACGAAGGCUGCGAGUACUAG